UACACCAAAUGUACUAAAUGCGGCAUAUAUUGCACUUCACAAGUCAUUUGGUGGUAGUAGUAAUAAAUAAAUAGUUAUUAAUUGUUGAGCUGUUAUGGUUUUCUACCGUUCACCGUGUGAAAGGUUGUAAUGCAAAUGAAAGUAAAACGGUUUAAAGAAAAACAAUUAGGCAGGGACAAUGCACAAUGACGUAUUUUCUAGUGGUGUGUGCUUGUUCAGUAUUUGAACAGUUUAAGGUGUAAAGAGCCUUGUUUCCCACUUGACUACAGUUAAAAUUUCAGCCUCAGGCUCAUCAGCGUCACAGUGUGCAGGCCUUAGCUUGUCCAACAGGGACACACCUACUGGUGUCCGCCACUCGUUUUUUUUAAAAAAAUUAAGGUAUGCAAACAUUACACUACACAUAAGAGUUAAGACGCAGUGCACGAGAUGAUCAACACAGCACAGCCUCAGAGCGGUGUUAUCAUUCAGGUGUUCCCGCUGCCGCCAUGACCGCCUUUGACAACAGCACUGUUGAAAUGAAUUACAGUGCCUUCUAUUGUCGUUUCAAUGAGGAGUUUAAAUACAUUCUCCUUCCUGUCAGCUACGCCUUGGUCUUUGUGAUCGGCCUGGCGUUGAACGCCACAGCGCUGUAUGUGAUUGUGUUCUGCACAAAGCAAUGGAAGCCGUCCACGAUCUACAUGUUCAACCUGACAAUGUGUGACACACUCUACGUCUUCACACUGCCCUUCCUUGUCUAUUACUAUGCCGAUGAGAACGACUGGCCCUUCACGGAACCAGUCUGCAAGAUUAUACGUUUCCUGUUUUAUGCCAACUUAUAUGGGUCCAUACUGUUCCUGUCCUGUAUCAGUCUGCAUCGCUUCAUUGGCAUCUGCUAUCCAGUUCACUCCCUGUACUGGGUCAGUGCUCGCCGGGCUCGGCUGGUGUCUGUGGGCGUGUGGGCCGUUGUUUUACUCUGCCAGGCUCCUGUUCUCUACUUCUCAAGGACUAGUAACAAACACGGCGACUCUUCGCGGACCUGCUAUGACACCACCAGCCCAGAACUCUUUGACGACUUCCUGGUGUACAGCUCAGUCGUGUCCGUGCUCAUGUUUGCCCUGCCAUUCAUGGUGGUGAUGGUGUGCUAUGGCCUCAUGAUGCGGAAGCUUCUCGAGCCAAGCUGGGAGUCUGAAGGGGGAGAUGAGGGGGAGAGGGGAGGCCUGGCAGCUCAACGAUCCAAGCAGAAGUCAGUGAAGAUGAUCAUCAUCGUGUUGGCCAUGUUCAUGCUCUGCUUCCUCCCCUUCCACCUCACCAGGAGUCUUUACUACUCUUUCAGAUACCUGAGGCAGGUCAAUCCGGCACAGAUUAGCUGUAGUCUGCUGGAGGCCUCCAGUAUUGCCUACAAGGUUACCCGGCCUUUGGCCAGUGCCAACAGCUGUGUGGAUCCCAUCCUUUACUUCCUGGCUGGGCAGGACGCCCGCAGUAACCUCAUAAAGACCAUCAGGUCAUCGUCAUCAAAACUUGCAAAAAAGAGCCAACGCUUGACGACAUCAAUCUGAUCAGAUCCACUACCAAGAUUAAACUAUCUUGAUAGAAAAAAUAUAGAGGGGAAACACUCAUCACCGCUCCUUUAAUACUUGUGAUGCCACAUGACAGAUCUUCAGCAGUGCAUUCCCCAGUCUUAAAAUACCAGUUUUCUGAUCUCUGAGGGUCAGGUGUUCAUGUGAAGACUCAAAUGAGUUUCCAGGCAACAAUUUAACAGCCAUGCAUACACUGUCUAUGUACUAGAAAUGUCUUUUAAAAUAAUAAUUCUAUCAUCAACCAGAAGGAAAUGCAUGCUCAGAUGUGACCAGAUGGACAACUCGGAGAACGCAGAGACAGAGAUGAAAUGCUGGAAAUAAAUCAUGUAGUGCAUUCCUGACUUGA